AUGUCGACAACAGUAGACAAGAUCAAGGAAAUUGAGGCCGAAAUGGCCAAAACCCAGAAGAAUAAAGCCACCUCGUUUCAUUUGGGUCAAUUGAAAGCUAAGCUCGCGAAGCUAAAGCGGGAGCUACUCACCCCCAGCGGUGGAGGAGGUGGUGGUGGAGCUGGUUUCGAUGUUGCGCGUACCGGUGUUGCCAGUGUUGGAUUUAUUGGAUUCCCAUCCGUAGGCAAAAGUACUCUCAUGAGCAAGCUAACGGGACAACAUUCCGAAGCCCUCGGUGCUGAUACAUGGUAUCACACAGCUGCCGCAUACGAAUUCACAACCCUUACCACCGUCCCCGGUCAGGUCCAAUAUAAUGGCGCAAAGAUUCAAAUGCUCGAUCUUCCUGGUAUUAUUCAGGGUGCCAAGGACGGCAAAGGUCGAGGAAGACAGGUCAUUGCCGUCGCCAAAACGUGCCAUCUCAUCUUCAUUGUUCUAGAUGUGAACAAGCCCUUGACAGACAAAAAGAUCAUCGAGAGCGAGCUGGAAGGGUUCGGAAUAAGAAUCAACAAGGAACCUCCGAAUAUUGUCUUUAAGAAGAAGGAUAAGGGUGGCAUUGCCAUCACAAACACGGUACCCCUGACCCAUAUUGAUCAUUCUGAGAUCAAAGCCGUCAUGAACGAAUAUAGAAUCUCCUCUGCAGAUAUAGCUAUCCGAUGCGACGCCACAAUCGACGACCUCAUCGACGUCCUCGAGGCCCGGAGUCGUUCCUAUAUACCUGUGAUUUACGCUUUGAAUAAAAUCGACUCAAUCUCAAUUGAGGAGCUGGAUUUAUUAUACCGUAUUCCCAACGCCUGUCCUAUUAGUUCAGAGCGAGGAUGGAAUAUAGAUGAGCUCCUUGAGCUUAUGUGGGAGAAACUCAACCUGAGAAGAGUUUAUACAAAGCCCAAGGGCAAGAAUCCAGACUAUAACGAACCAGUUGUCCUGAGAAGUUCUGCGUGCACCGUUGAAGAUUUCUGCAAUUCCAUCCAUAAAUCUAUCGUGGAGUCAUUUAAACAUGCCAUCGUUUACGGUCGUUCCGUCAAACAUCAACCACAACGAGUCGGAUUAAGCCACGAACUCGCAGACGAAGACAUUAUAACCAUCGUCAAACGAUAG